CUGUCCACUGGGCAUCGCCCUGGGGCAGAGAAACCCUCCCACCCAGGGCCAAGGACUCCACCCCCCGCCUUGACAUUUAAAGGAGGCCAGAGCUGUGCAGGGAGAACAGCUGGGGUCGUGCAAGCGCCCGACACUGCUGGGAAGGCCUCUCGGAGGGACGGAAGGCAGGCAGGCAAGGAGUGGUGAAUUGCACUCCAUUGAGGAGGUCCCCGAGUUCUUGAAAUAAAACAGUAACUCGACAGGCUUCCAGAGAAAAGACUGAACUAAUGCUCCGGGCUUAGUUUAAGGGGCCCUCAGAAGACGCAAUGAGUGAAGUGAAGCGACAGCUGCUGUGUGUGCUUCUGCUCUGUGGGGCAGUCUUGGCUUUGCCCCGACAGGAAAUCCACCCUCGGGUGGGAAGAGGAGCCAGAUCGUACAGAGUGACGUGCAGAGAUGAGAAAACACAGAUGACGUACCUGCAGCACGAGUCGUGGUUGCGCCCAGUGCUUCGUAACAACCGGGUGGAAUAUUGCUGGUGCAACGGCGGCCGCGCACAGUGUCACUCGGUGCCCGUCAAAAGUUGCAGUGAACCGAGGUGCUUCAAUGGGGGCACGUGUCAGCAGGCCCUGUAUUUCUCGGAUUUUGUCUGCCAGUGCCCUGAAGGGUUUAUUGGGAAAUGCUGUGAAAUAGAUGCCAGUGCCACGUGCUAUAAGGACCAGGGUAUCACCUACAGGGGCACAUGGAGCACAGCCGAAAGUGGGGCUGAGUGCGUCAACUGGAACAGCAGUGUCCUGGCCCUGAAGCCCUACAACGGGCGGAGGCCAGACGCCAUCACACUGGGCCUGGGGAAUCACAAUUAUUGCAGAAACCCAGACCAAGACAUGAAGCCCUGGUGCUAUGUCUUCAAGGCAGGGAAGUACAGCUCCGAGUUCUGCAGUGUGCCAGCCUGCCCCAGGGAAGGAAAUGGGGAUUGCUACACUGGGAAAGGGUUAGCAUACCGAGGCACCUACAGCCUCACCACAUCUGGUGCCUCCUGCCUCCAGUGGAAUUCCAUGGUCCUGAUAGGCAAGAGUUACACAGCAUGGACGGCCAAUGCCCAGGCGCUGGGCCUGGGCAAACACAACUACUGCCGGAAUCCAGAUGGGGAUGCCAAGCCCUGGUGCCACGUGCUGAAGGACCACAAGUUGACGUGGGAAUACUGUGACGUGCCUCAGUGCUCCACCUGUGGCCUGAGAGAGUACAAGCAGCCUCAGUUCCGCAUUAAAGGAGGCCUCUACGCGGACAUCACCUCUCACCCGUGGCAGGCUGCCAUCUUCGCCAAGAACAGGAGGUCGUCGGGAGAGAGGUUCCUGUGUGGAGGCGUCCUGAUCGGCUCCUGCUGGGUCUUGUCUGCUGCUCACUGCUUCCAGGAGAGGUUUCUUCCCCACCACCUGAAGGUGGUCUUGGGCAGAACAUACCGGUUGGAGCCUGGACAGGAAGAGCAGAAAUUUGAAGUAGAAAAGUACAUCGUCCACAAGGAAUUCGAUGAUGACACUUAUGACAAUGACAUUGCCCUGCUGCAGCUGAAAUCGGACUCGCCGAGCUGCGCCCAGGAGAGCGACACUGUCCGCACCGUCUGUCUGCCCGAAGCCGACCUGCAGCUGCCCGACUGGACCGAGUGUGAGCUGUCAGGCUACGGCAAGCACGAGGCGUCUUCUCCUUUCUAUUCCGAGCGGCUGAAGGAGGCGCACGUCAGGCUGUACCCACCCAGCCGCUGCACAUCCCAGCACUUGCUUAACAGAACUGUCACCAGGAAUAUGCUGUGUGCUGGAGACACACGGAGCGGCGGGACCCAGGCCAACCUGCAUGAUGCCUGCCAGGGCGACUCGGGCGGCCCCCUGGUGUGCCUGAAGGCCGACCACAUGACGCUGGUGGGCGUCAUCAGCUGGGGACUCGGCUGUGGGCAGAAAGACAUUCCGGGCAUAUAUACCAAGGUUACUAAUUACCUGGACUGGAUUCACGACAAUAUGCAACCGUGACCAAGAGCACCCCAUUCCUGGCACCCUGGGAGACCCUGCUUCCUCCACCGGAGAAGACACACCAGGGUGGAGAGCUUCACACAGAUGCGCCAUCGUAGUAUCAGUGGGGGGGGAACCAGCAGGAGAGGCGGGAGGAUAUGUUUUCACAGGUACUUCCCAUUUUAGAAGGUUACGUAUGUGUAUGUACACUACCGAAUGUAUACAGUCAACCAGAAAGACAGACAAAUGCCACCCCUCCCGGGACACCACCAUCUCAGGCAGAAGAGAGGCACAACAAAAGGCCGACCUCCGAAACUGUCAGCUUGAGCAGCUUUGGAAGUGGGACCACAAAGAUAAAAGCAUGUCUUGAUAGUAAAAAAAAAUCUAGAUCCUUCAGGAAAGAAUUGUUGCAGUAGAAAUAGAAUGUCUAUUUAUAGUCACAAGGAAGCCCAACGGGGACCUCUAAUAAGGGAUGGGCUGGCCGGCCAGAUCAUGUUCCUCAAAGCCAUGCUUUAAACCGAGUCUAAGGCUUUCCCCUCUCUCCACACUAUAGCUCUGGGAAGGAAAUCAUUGUGUGUAUAGUGUAAAUCUUUUUUCUUUAUAAACUUGAUAAUAGAAUGAGAGACUUGUAUCACUUUAGUAAGUGAAAAACUACACUUUAGCGUAUUUAUAUUGAUCCAUUUUAGUAUUGUCUUUGUCGCCACAACCCUGUAUUAUGAUGUGCUAAAAUAAUAAAUUCAGAUAUAUUUUUCA